UUACUGGCGUGGAAAUUUUGUACACUACACGAAGUAUACAAAGGAGGAGGGAAUAUUGCUGUUACAUAGAGAUAAAUUCUGGGGCUUAAUCUCCUGGACAGAACGGCCUUGAGAGGGUUAAGGUGGAGGGGAUGCCAUCAGUGAUUCAGGGGGCAUGUUACUAUGUUCCAAACUUCCUUCCGCUUGAAGGUGUAUUAACAAAAUGGAGGGCUUUAAGGGUAGACCACCAUUGCGGCCACCACCAUCACCAUCCUCAUCCAUAUGGUGUCACAAUGAAAUCCAGGGGACUGGAAACCCAAUAGAUAGAGCACUUGCUCAAACCCCAGAAACUCAGCAGCAAGUGCAGAAUGUUGAUCUUUUGGAGGUUUCACGAGUUGAAGUACCAGACUCUGCUCAUGAUAAGAAACUCAAAAGGAUUCUGGCUACCAGGGAGUAUUCAAGGAGGUAUCAUAUGAAACAAUUCCAGCAUAUUGGGAAACUGGAAACAGAAAGCAAAGUGUUAGAGGCAGAAAUAGCUCUCACGUCUCCAAGAAUCCGAUUCACACAACGGAAAAAUAUGUUGCUUCAAGCAGAAAAUGAUUCAAUCAAGCAAAAGAUUGCAACUUGUAGCGGAAAGCUUAUGGUGCAACAAGCUGAACAUGAAAAGUUGCAAAAGGAAGCAGAUUCACUCAAGCAGCUCUUUCAGGUGAUGAAGAUGCAAGAAGCAGAGGCGGCUUUCAACCCUCUAGCCGGGCCUGGUCCAGCCCCACUGGGUUGUCAGGUUUUUGGUCCUAACUCUGAAGCAAAUUAUCAACCCUUCAACCCUCUGGAAGGACUGAGUUCGGAAACUGUUGAUUUUGGCCAGUUUUAUGAAACUGCUGCGGCUGAUCAGUUCAAUUUUGAACCGCCUGGGCUAGAUGAUCAGUUUAGCAGUGAUCCUGUGGGGCUUAACCGCCAGUUGGAUGAACCAGUUGGCUUCUCUGAGUUCACUGAUGAACUGGCAGUGGUCGUCAGGCCCCACAUCUUGGCUAACAAAGGUGCUGACCAAGUCGGAGCUGGGGCUGAUCAGUCCAUUGAAGGCAUGAACUUAGAUAGUUCCGAUGGUUCUCAGAAGGCAGCUGGAUCUUCCUCCGACCAGUUUAUGUGA